AUGAGGGUCUCUUUCUCUUUGGCUGCGCUGCUGGCAGCAAGCCUGUCACAGGCUCAGUAUCUCAUCAGUGAACUCAGUUUUGGUCAUGCUGGAAGGAUAAGCCCACCCGAAGCUCGUGGACAGAUCCCCAACUUUGCUGUCCAAGGCAACCCCAACACGCCCGAGGUUCUCUCAAACCGAAUUAUCUUGACACCUCUUGCUCCUGGUAACCAACGAGGUGCCGUCUGGGGCCAGCAGCCUUUACUUCGCAACCAAUGGAUCGCCGAUGUUGACUUCCGAGCCAACGGUCCUGAUCGUGGCCGUGGUAACCUCAACAUCUGGCUUGUUCGCAACGGUCCUGCUACGAUCGGCUCUGGAAGCAUCUACACUGUCGGAAAGUUCGACGGUUUGGCUCUGGUUAUCGAUACUUCUGGUGGUUCCGGCGGUAUGGUUCGAGGUUUCUUGAACGAUGGAAACACCGAUUACUCGAGACAAAGCAAUGUCGAUGAGCUCUCGUUCGGCCACUGCCCUUACAACUACCGCAAUCUCGGCCGACCUUCGCAGGUCAAGCUUCGACAGACCGCCAGGACAUUCCGUGUUGAGUUGGAUGGUAACCUGUGCUUCGAGUCAGACAAGUUCAGCAUUCCCACAGGCUAUCAGUUUGGUGUCACUGCUGCUACCCCUGAUAACCCUGAUUCUUUUGAGGUCUUCAAGAUGGUUGUCAUGGCUGAUAACAGCGACAGUGGUUCUGUUCGUGACCCUCCUAAGCAGAACCAAAACCAAAACCAAAACCAAAACCAAAACCAGGGCCAGAAUCAGAAUCAGAAUCAGAACCAGCGUGUUCCACCCGUCAGGGACACCUCCAACAGUAACAACAAGCGAAACGACGGCGAGUACGCAGAUGAAGAUCCCGAUAUUUUCCAGACUUCCAAGGCUCAGUUCAUGGAUCUGCAUAACCGCCUCCAGAACACAAACCACCAGCUCGCCUCCCUGCAGCGCACCUCCUCACGCCAUCAGCAGCAGGACGAGAAGCGCCACGAGGACUUGACUACCCUGAUUGGCCAGCUCCGUGCUGAUAUGCGUAAGCUCGACGAUAUCACUGCUCUGCACAGCCGUGUCUUGGAGCUCGAGAAGGAUAUCCAGGGUCUCCGAAAGGAACUCAACCGCAAGCUGCAGUCCACCGAGCGUACCUUCAAGGACACGCUUUCUGACCACCAUAACUCUUUGUCAGAGACCGUCAUGGCCAAGACUCCUGGCCACCGCUUCCUUAUCUUUGUUUUCCUUGGAACACAGGGUCUUCUCGUUGCGGCUUAUGUAGUUUACAAGAAACGACGCUCAUCCAUGCCCAAGAAGUACCUGUAA